GCAGUCAACAGGUGCUUGCGAAUAUAAGCGCGCGCGCGAAUCGGCUUAUUAAUCGGUAUCAGUCGGGGGCCCCGAUACAACGUGUGACAGAGACGCGCCGAACCCCUUCCUUCUCUCCCCCCGGCCGCGUCCCCUCCUCGGCCGAAAAAAGAGAACCGCCAACUGCUGCGCCUCUUGCCCGCCGUGAGGCACGUGGGGUUAUAACAUGUUGGUCCGAUAGUAUCCGCCAGCGAAAAGGUUGACGAUUUUUUCCUCGAGCCAUCAGUUCAGCUCGGUUCAUCGUUUGACACAGUUCGGGUGUACAUUACGUACUUUUAUAUAAUAAGCAUCUAGUUUUUAGUUAAGAGACAAUACAUACGGACGGAUUGCAACGAAGAGCGAUGGUGAACUCGCAGCAGGUUCUGCUGGCGCUCGUGCUGCUGGCGGUUGCGGCUUCGUCGACGCCAACGCCGGCCAGCAACAUGCCCAGGCCCAGCUAUGCGCGCACGAUGCUCAAAGUGUCGCGAAGUCUUCCCGGCGAAACCGAGGAGGUCAAGGUGCGCACCAGCGAGGGCAAUCUGGCGACCCUGAUCGUGAAGCGUCGCGAGAAGACGAUCGCAGGAAACGAAUUAUCCGCCAGAUCGAUCAAGGAGACGACGACUUCAACGGAAAGACCGACAUCGGAGGCAUCUUCUCCCAAGACGUCGACACCGGCUCCGACGGCUGCUCCAACAUCGACGACGAUCGGAUACCACAGUGUAGAUGUCGACCCGUGGUCGAGUCAAAUCAAAACUUGGACCCGAGUGUCGAGCGAGAAAUCGGCACCGGUGGAAGAGCCACGCAACUGGGUGCCCGUGAAUCGUGGAUGGCAGCCCGUGGAGCAGCAGCAGCAGCCCAACGGCGAGGACGAGGCUCGAAAAUCCUUCGCUACUUGGCUGGUGGCCGACGACACCGGCAGCGCCCGGAGCUUUCAACUCGUACCCAGCGACGACGGCUCCACGGAAAAAGUCGUGCGCUACGCUUUCCUCCCGUACGAGCCGAAAACGCGCACCAACGUCGGAGCGAAUCUGCUGAAGAACCGGGACGCGAAAAACGUCCCGCCAGAGGUUGUCGUGCGCUCCGAGAUCAACAUCAAGCCGCAGCCCGGCCAGCCCGGACAGCAGCCCCAAACCGAAGCCAAGAGACUGCCACCGAUUUUGAACGCCGACGGCUCGAUCACGAUACACGGCAGACGGGUGCCGGACGAUCCCAUCGAUAAGAUUCAAGUGUGGAGAAACGCCCGAGUCAUAAACAAUCAAUUGGUUACCGAUCCCAACGUACCGAGCCCGACGGUCCCCACGACGAGCAACACGGGAGCCGAGUUCGAGCGAUUUUUCGAAAACAUUAAUCGACGGUACAUAAAAACGCCACAGGACGACAAGAACAAAGCAUACCGUAACGAAGUUUUGGCCGCGGAGAUCUACGAUACUGCUGAAAACACGUAUCGACCGAGCAUACGCAAACGCAUGCUUCAGCCCGAAAUUCCCGGAGCCGUCUAUCCGAACUCUCGCCUGUAUUUGCCCCAAGACAAAGGCAUGUCGCAGACGAUCAAGCACGGCACCCGAGCGCCCGUCUUGCAAUACGCCCAUCCCGAGCUCGGCGUUCAGCCCGCCAAAGCCUUGAAAAACGAGCAGCAGCAACAGCAGAGGCAAUCCGACGAGGCGACGGAAAGUCCCCGGCAGCAGUACCAUCAGUAUCAGCGCGAGCAGCAGCAGCAGCAGCAGCAGCAGCAGCAACAACAAUAUCAACAGCAACCGCAACAGCAUCAAUAUGGCGAGUACAGACAGAAGAAGAAGUACGUUAUCAACGAGAAAAAUUUAGUCGACCCGCAUCAGUACAAGCCUUACUACCCGCAGCAGUUCUACGGGAUCAGGAGGCCGGAGCCGCCGUUUUGGAUCAAGAUGACGGAAAAUAUCAAGAGCGGAUUUCACGACGGUGUUGCCAAGGUAUCCGAAUUCACGAAACCGGUAUUCGAUCCACUUGUGGAAGCCACGAGAAAAAUCUCAGAAAAUUUGGGUCUCUCGCGAUCGCAAGAUCACGCGCAAGACAAAAUCGGCACGGUCGCGUCCAGCGGAUCGGUACUGAUUCCCGCCCUGGGUCUGGUCGCGUCGGGAGCUGCGCUCGGCAUCGGCGCCGUAGCCGUGGGACGAUAUCUCGACGUCGACGUGCUGAAACGCUCGAACGACGGCACUCUGGAGCUCAACGAGGACAACUUGCGAGCUCUCGGCUACAUCUCCGAGUUGCCGGAAAACCACAACAACAACGGUGACGCCGAGAAGCAGAGCAUCGGACAGGGUGUUUACGUUUUGAUGCCCGACAGUGCCGAGGGAAGCGUGGCGGUGGCGAGGAAAAAGAGAAGCGUACAAAACGAUCUUACUUCAGAGAGACAUAUUCCGCGCAAAGGGUCAGACUCGAUUGAAGAGAUAGUAGAGAUCGACGUGCCUUCGAAAUCGAUCAUCGGCGCAACGAUCGACCAGAGCAACGAUAUCAAAGAAGAAUUGACAACAAACCAGGCAUUCGAAUCUCCGGCUAGUAGUCAAAAAGUAGUUCAGCUAAGCGCGGACAAUCAAGGUAAUGCGGAACACUUGAGAAAGAGGCGCAGCAUCGACGAUGGAGAAUCCAACGACGAGCUUCAACAUCUCGGCGAUGAUCAAGCACCGCUAAGUACAGAACAAAAAACUGGAGAUGACUGGUCGAACACAGCGUGCGCGAAGCGUAAUUUUUGCAAAGCUAUGCUAGAACGUGGCUACGAUUCCCAUGCAUUCAUGGACAAAAAAAUGAACGAAAUGCUGCGAAUGAUUCAGCCAAGCUUAGCAGCCCAGGUGUCAGAACAUUUUGACGACGUUAUGGAUGCCGUGAGGCGGCACGACUGCAGCCGUUUUUCCUGCUCCGUAUCCAGACCCUAUGGUGUCCAUAUGAGAGAAAAUAAUUUUUUAUACUAAUGAGCUAGUGGCAAAGGUCUUACAUCACUCGCUCUUUUAAAGAUCAAGACUGCUGGAUUAAAAGUGGGCGCGACUUUUCAUCGCCGAACUGUACAUAUUUAAGGAGCUUCCUCGGUCGCUCAUUUGGCGAAUGGCGAGCAACGCCACUUUUAAAAUUAAUUUUAUUAACACUUUAUAAUUUUUAAA